AUGGAGCCAGCACCCGAGGAGGCCGGACCGGCAUCUAAGCCACACCCCUCCUCCCCACACCUAGAUAACCAACCCUUCCCCGCACGCCAACCUGACACCGAUACCGAUAAUACCCAUGACAACUCCACCGCGACAAACACCAACGACCAAAAUGGCCAGCCCCAGAGCUCUGCAUCCUCCACGUCCACAACAUCCCGCCCCCUCUCCGCCGUAGUGCCCCCCUACUGGCGCCGGCACGAGCGCAAUGCCUCGCACGCAUCCCAGUCGUCACUGAGUGGCGCUGCACAUAUCACCCUGGAGGAUCAUACUGCUGACCCGAACUCGGAGACAAGUCGGGGGCUCUGGGCGAGUAGUGUUGCGAUUGAUGAUCAUGUUGUUGUGCGCGGUAUGACUGGGGUUGGGUCGUAUGUUGUGUGGAACUGUACAGUUCAGACACUUGAUGGCGGACCGAUUGUUGUCCGGAUGAGAUACUCCGAGUUCGAUGACCUGCGUCAGCGGCUAGUUGAUUCUUUCCCGCAUGCGAGGAAUGCAUUGCCCGCACUGCCUCCGAAGAGUGUUAUCUAUAAAUUCCGACCUAAAUUCCUGGAAUCAAGGCGUGUGGGCUUGGAAUAUUUUCUCAACUGUGUUCUUUUAAACCCAGAGUUCUCGGGUUCCCCUAUCGUCAAAGACUUCCUCUUCGGUCGCAUGUCUUAA